AUGCACGGCACCCAAUACAACACGCUGCUUGGCCUGUCAACCGCUGUGUUUUUGGUGUUCCAGAUCCCGCUCAACUUUCUGUUCCGCAAGCUGGGUGCGCGCAAGUAUAUGCCAACCACGCUGUUCCUCUCUGGGUGCCUCAGUGUGCUCGUUCUUGCAAUCAAGAACUAUGGCGGGUUUUUGGCCAUCCGUCUUAUUGAGGGCGUGUUCUUGUCAGGAUUUACAUGCAGCGUCUUUUACUCGUUGUCGCUAUGGUAUCCGCAAAAGUACCUCGUCACCCGCGUAAGCUGGGUCAUUGCCUCGUCGAUGCAUCUCGGGAAUCAUCUAUGCGGUUAUGGCUAUCGCAUUUUCUGGAUGUACUUUUUCUUUGGUCUGCUAGCCAUCGCCUCGGGAAUCUAUGGAUAUGUCUUCACCAGCGACUACCCAGACACUGCAAAGUAUCUGAAUGACGAGGAGAGAGAACUAAUCGGCAGGAUUCUGCGCACUACCCACAUGCUUACCAGCGACAGGUCGGCUAUUUCGAGGAAGCAGGUUAUUCAGGCUAUAAAUUGGGCGCCAAUAAUCUUGAAAAGCGUUGGUUACAGCACGACCGUGACCGCCGGCCUCAUGCUGAUUCCUGCAAUCCUCGCCUUCAUCAUGAUCAUGCUGGCCAAUUUUUUUGUCCGCAAACUGGGCAAGAUUGGCUACUUCCAAAUCCUCAUGUCAGUCCAUGUCCACAGCUAUAUUGCUUAUUGGCGUUGCCGGUGCGCAAAGCAAGAUUGCACGCACCAUAUCACAGUAGUUGUUGGCCCUGCCUGGCUCAAUGUCAAUCAGCGCGGUGCCGAUAGAAGCGCUCUCUCAAAUGGGUUUGCCAUUGUUGCCACCUCUCUUGGCGGCACUGCAAAUGGAUAUGCGUAUCUAAACAGCGAUGCGCCACUUUACAUCAAGGGCAACUCGUCAAACUUUGCCUUGACCGGCGUGGCCAUCAUUUGCACCGUCAUUCUAAUGGUCAAUUUUAAAAAGGAGAACCGCAGGCGUGAUCAGAAUCCCAUGGAUGCGUCGCACAUGCCUCCUGACGAGAUUGCCGCACUAGGAAACGAUAGCCCCAUGUUCCGCUACACACUCUAA